CAUGUUCAGUGUUGCUACAUCUUGUCGAGAACUAUUAUGGCUCAGAGGCAGGCGGAAGAGGUGGGAAGGAGCUUGUGUCUCCACGAGCCGGUUUCGUAUUUCGGCGAUAAGGACAGCGACGAGGAACUCGAUUCUUUAGAAGAACAAGAAGACUCGAAUACUGAAGAGGAAGCUGACAAGUUCGAAUUCGAAGAGAGAGAUGAAUCGGAACAGGAUUCGGAGGAGAAGACAACGGAGCUUGAAGGAUCAACUUCCACGACGAGAAAGUGUCAAAUUGUUUACGGUAAAGAUAAAUAUCCAUGGUCUUUAUCUCUACCUAAAACGCGCAAUCAGUCAAGGAAGAUGCAUCUACCUGGUGCGAUGAAUCAUGCAAUAGUUGCCAAUUCUCCAUUAGAAUGUUGGUCAACGUUGUUUAGUGACAACCUUUUAGAGGUAAUACUGAAGUAUACAAAUAUCGAGAUUGACAAGUAUCAUACAGAACACGAUACCGCUAACGAAUCAUAUCAAAAACAUUUGGGUAUGGUGGAAUUAAAAGCAUUUUUCGGUCUGUUAUAUUUCGCCGGUUUGAAGAAUGAUAAUCGCAUCAACAUUGCUGAGUUGUGGUCAUACGAGUUUGGUAGCUCUAUUUAUAGAGCAACAAUGAAUGUAAGAAGAUUCGAAUUUAUAGCGGAUCGUAUACGCUUUGACGAUAAGACUACUCGUGCGGAAAGAAAACAAACAGAUGGAUUAGCAGCUGUUCGAGAAAUUUGGGAUAUAUUCAUCAAUAAUUGCCAAACAAAUUAUACUCCUUCAAAAUUUUUGACCGUUGACGAACUAUUAUUGGGAUACCGUGGUAGAUUUUCUUCUAAAGUCUACAUAAAGAGUAAACCAGAUCGCUAUGGUAUCAAAAUUAUAACACUAAAUGAUGCAAAAACUCACUAUUUAUAUAAUGCGAUUCCGUAUGCAGGGAGUGUAAAUCCCCCUGCCAAUGAAACAAUUCCGAGUUAUUAUAUUCGAAAGAUAUGUGAGCCUAUUUAUCACAGUAAUAGAAAUAUAACAUGCGACAACUGGUUCAGUUCCGUCGAAAUUUUCAAUCAAAUGUAUAAAGAUUAUAAUCUUACAAUGGUUGGAACCAUCAGAAAAAAUAAGAGACAAAUCCCAAAAAGCUUUAAAAGCACAGCAUCGGUUGGAACCGUCCGUUGCGGUUACGAUGGUACUAAUGUUCUCAUGUCUUGGUGUCCAAAGAAAAAUAAAGUUGUGUUAAUAUUAUCAUCAUUGCACAAAUCAUGCAAAAUCAAUACAGAUUCCGGAAAACCUGAAUUAGUUGAUUUUUAUAACAGUACGAAAGCAGGUACGGAUGUCUUCAACCAAUGUUGUGCGUUGCAUACUUGUGCAAGAAAAACAAAUAGAUGGACAAUGAGAUUCUUUCUGGGUAUGCUAGACCAAGCAUCUGUUAAUAGUCAUAUUCUUUAUAACUUUAAUGUACUACAUAAAAUCGAAAACAGGAGAUCUUUUCUGAAAGAGCUAUCAUUGUCAUUGAUAACUCCACACUUACACAAUCGAAAAAACACAAAUGGGUUGCAUAUUUCAGUUAUCAGAGAUAUUAAUAAUAUUUUAUCAGAAACAGACAUUCCUGAUGUUGAUAAAAAUGAUAAACUACAGAUACGUAAAAGAUGUUCUGUCUGCGAAUAUAAUAGAAAUAAAAAAACUUUGUACUGUUGCUCAAAAUGUAAAAAACCGUUAUGUGAAGACCACAGGGUUCGAUAUUGCUACGAUUGCGCGAUGUAAAUCACGCGAUAUAAAAACAUAAAAAUAAACGGUCAUUAAAAAAAUAUAAUUUUUUAUAUAAGAAAUAUCUUUCACACUUCAAAUUCGUCUUUUCUUAUUCGAAAAUUCUUUUUAUGGCAUCCUUAAAAUCCUUCUGUACUUACCAUUUAAAAAUAAAUUAUACCAUU